GCUGUUAGAACUGUCAACAUGAAGCUCCUCGGUAACGGUGGCAAGUGUGUCGGAGCUGGUGCGCUGGUUAGCUACGUGGCUUUCGUUGUAGUUUUACUGACAGUGAUCGGGCAGGGCAGUGCGUUCUACACGGUAAAGCACGUCGUGACGGAGCGCAUCUCCAACCAGACGGAGUUUGUUAGCAAUGUGCUUAGUGACGAAUUGCCGCUGAAGAUCGUGGAGUUUUCGCAGUACGCGUACGAUUGGGACCGCGAUACGCUGAAAGUGAACGGGAAGUGGGUGCUCAACUCACCGAACGACGACUAUCUGUACUUUGUGGAAUACACCGAAAAGAUUGACAAAACGGCAGGCUUCAAGGAAAUUCUGAACAAUCUUCACUCCAAGGGGCUCAUUACCGACAUAAAGCGAGUGGAGCGUGUGAAACCGCAAUCGUUCACGUUUGAAAAGACGUUUUACUUUGGCAAAAAGUAGCAUACCCAGAGUGAGAAUAUCCCACCAAAAGUCCAGCAUGACAACAUCUUUGAAGCAUUUGUGUACAACGGUUGGAGUAUUUAAAAUAAAGUAACAUUUUCUGUACAUUA